CGAGGGCGGGGGAGCGCGGGCUCGGGAGCGCGCGACGCCGGCCGCCCGGUUCGGUCCCGGUCGCCGCCCGCGGUCCCCCGCCGCUCCCGCCGGGGUCGAGGGUUUGGCGGGCCCGCUCGGGAUCUGCCUCGAGCUCCGCCCGCGGCGCUGCCCGCCCCGGGCUGUGCAGCCCCCGCCGCUCCCCUCACUUCCGUCCUGCAGCCGGGAGCGCGCAGGAGGCACCUUGAAGUUUGAAAACAGAGACCUGUUCUUAGGGGACAAUGCUAAGGGACACCAUGAAGUCUUGGAAUGACAGCCAGUCAGAUCUCUGUAGCAGUGACCAAGAGGAGGAGGAGAUGGUUUUUGGUGAGAAUGAAGAGGAUUUGGAAGAGAUGAUGGAUUUCAGUGAUCUACCCACCUCACUGUUUGCUUGCAGCGUCCAUGAAGCAGUGUUCGAAGUCCAAGAGCAAAAGGAGAGAUUUGAAGCGCUGUUUACCAUCUACGAUGACCAAGCCACGUUUCAGUUAUUUAAAAGCUUUAGAAGAGUCAGGAUAAAUUUCAGCAAACCUGAAGCGGCGGCCAGGGCACGGAUAGAGCUCCAUGAGAGUGAUUUCAACGGGAAGAAGCUGAAGCUGUAUUUUGCACAGGUGCAGACAGCUGGGGAGGCUCGGGACAAGGCCUUCCUGUUGCCACCACAGCCUACCAAACAGUUCCUCAUCUCCCCGCCAUCGUCCCCGCCAGUGGGGUGGAAGCAGAGUGAAGAUGCAAUGCCCAUGAUCAACUACGACUUGCUCUGUGCUGUCUCCAAGCUGGGGCCAGGGGAGAAAUAUGAACUGCAUGCGGGGACCGAGUCCACGCCCAGUGUGGUGGUUCACGUCUGCGAGAGUGAGACUGAAGAGGAAGAAGAAAUGAAAAACCCCAAACAGAAAAUCACCCAGACACGGCGGCCUGACCCUCCCACGGCGGUGCUGAGGGAGCCGCAGCCCUUCCCCUGCGCGCUCUGAGCCUCGCGCUCCAGCACUGCCCUGCGGCUGCUCUGCCUGCAGCUGCCUCUGGCUGGGGAGCAGCUGCUUCUGCUAGGCCAGGCCCUCAAGCCUCCUGUUGAUGCCCGUUGCUGUAGGGCGCUCAUGCUGCCGGGGAGCCAGGCCGGAGCCUUCACCAGGCCUGCACAGGUGGAAGGAAGUGGCAGGUGGCUCCACCAGUUUGGAACUUGGAGUGAUAUUUUAAAUGGCACUUUAUAUGAAAGGAUAGGCACCCCCACCCCUCCCCACCCCACAAAGAUGUGACAGCUUUGGUCACUAGAAAAUUAGGAACGUGGCUUCCCAUCUCUGCUCCCUGCCCCCCGCAAUGAAAAUUCUCCUGAGUUUAUAGAGCAUGGGUACCAAAUCCCAGAUCCAUCGUCACCCAGGCACUUCCAUCUGUGUGGAUAUAAAAUACUCUUACAGUUUUAAUAUGGUGGGGUGGUUUCGUACCAGCACAAUAGCUUCUAACUAGUGCACUGAUCAGAGGUUAAUGGUAAUUCAGUGUACAUGAUGUUUUUUGCAUGAGAAGAAACCUGAAAUACAGAAUAAUUUGUAUCUCAA